AUUGGGCAGAUCCUUUCUCAGCCAGAGCAGCUGCUCUUCAUUCUUGAUAACUUAGAUGAACCAAAAUGGGACUUGAAGAAGCAGAGUUCUGCGCUCUGUCCACACUGGAGCCAGCAGCAGCAGGUGCACACACUGCUGGGCAGUUUGCUGAAGAAAACCUUACUUCCCACGGCUUCCCUGCUGAUCACAGCUCGGAUCACAGCUCUGAGAAAACUCAUUCCUUCUUUAAAGCAUCCUCGCUGGGUGGAGGUCCUGGGAUUCUCUGAGUCAGCCAGGAAGGAGUAUUUCUUCCAAUAUUUCACAGAUGAGGGCCAAGCAAUUAGAGCCUUUACCUCGGUUGAAUCCAACCCGGCUCUCUUCACCAUGUGUCUCAUGCCUUUGGUAUCCUGGCUGGUCUGCACUUGCCUGAAGCAGCAGAUGGAGCAGGAGCAACCACUCUCACUGACCUCCCAGACGACCACAGCCCUCUUUCUGCACUACUUUUUCCACGUUCUCCAGGCUCAGUCUCUUGGGGCUAAGCUGAGGGGCUUAUGCUCUCUGGCCGCUAAAGGCACGUGUCAAAGAAAGACUCUAUUCAGCCCCGAAGACUUCAGGAAAUACGGGUUAGAUGAGGCCAACAUCCCCAUUCUCUUAAACAUGGGUGUUCUUCAAGAGCACCCCACCCCUCGGAGCUACAGCUUCCUUCACCGGUGCUUCCAGGAGUUCUUUGCAGCAAUGUCCUAUGCUUCAGGCGAUAGAAAGUUGAAACGUGGUGGCUUUAUAAACAUCAAAACUAUAACAGACUUGACAGAUGUAUAUGACAGGCGUGACCUGUUUGGGGAACCAACCACAUGUUUUCUGUUUGGUCUUUUGAGUGAUCAGGGGAUGAGAGAGUUGGAGAGCAUCUUCAAACAUAGCCUGUCACGGAAGAGGCAUUCCUAUCUGCUGCAGUUGGCACAGAGGGAAGUUGACUGCAAGCAUCCUAACCUGGAGCCAUAUUGUUGGCACUUGCUGCACUGUUUUUAUGAGAAUCAGGACACAAGGUUUCUGACAGAAAUGAUGUCUAAUUUCUAUGGAAUGAGGAUAUGUGUCCAAACUCACAUGGAGCUCCUGGUGUUCACUUUCUGCUUUAAAUUCUGCCAUCGCAUGAAGACGCUUCAACUGAAUGACGGUGGAAAGGAAAAACUCCAGCAAUCAUACAAAUUAUCUGACCAAAGCCCUUCAGAUGUAGUUCUGUACAGCUGGGGCCCGUUUACAGAUUCCUGGUGGCAGAUGUUCUUCUCUAUUUUCAAAGUCCCUGGAAGCCUGCGGGAGCUGGACCUGAGUGGGAACUCUCUGAGCUGCUCUGCAGUACAGAGUCUUUGUGACGCCCUGAAAAGCCCUCACUGCCACCUGGAGACCUUGACGUUGGCCAACUGCGGCCUCACAGCAGAAGACUGCAGGGUCCUUGCCCAUGUGCUGAGCGACAACUGGCACCUGAUAGAGCUGGACCUGAGCUUCAACAAGCUCCAGGACACCGGAGCCCGGCACCUAUUCCAGGAGCUGACACAUUCUCAUUGCAAGCUGUGGUGGCUGCUGCUCGUCAGCUGUGGCCUCACAUCUGGAUGCUGCCAGGACCUGGUCUCCAUGCUCAGUAACAACGUCAUGCUGAUAGUGCUGGACCUGCAGCAGAACGACUUGGGCGACCUCGGUGUGAGGCUGCUCUCUGAAGGACUCAGGCAGUCUAACUGCCGCCUCAAGUAUCUGGG